CAUGUAAAUGAGUAUAUGCCGAUGAAUAAUGUAGUCUUUCGUGAUCCAGUUAUCCCUUCUUUUUUUAGUGUCGCUGUUGACAUGGCAUUUCAAGGUCACAGUUCAAGACAGGGUUAUCAGUUUGAGCCGACCUAUCGCCCAGGAGAGCCUAGGAGGAAAUGGCGUAUGAGCAGCAGCAAUGACAGUGAAGAGCCAACAGUACAGCCUGAAGGCUAUAGUCUAGAGGAUAUGCAGUGGUGCUUGUGUGGCCACUGCACAAUUAUGACCACAGAACGUGAAUGUCACUGUUGUGCGUCAUCACCACGCGCGAUCGAAAAAUGGAGACAACUAAACUCGGGAUCAGAAAGUAACACAUGCAUCACCUUCCACCCCCAAUUUGAGACGGCUUGCUUAUUACCACACGUUCUAGAGCUACUAUAUAGGUAUCACUGUAUGCUUAGAGGAAGAUACCGACAUGCACAGUGGACAAACAGGUUGUACCGCCUGUUUGCUUACAGAGCGUAUGUCUUGUGGGUGCACAACAAUCGCAAACUUGGAUUCGGAAAUCGCAUGAUACUUCCCGCGUGUGUUGUAGCACGAAUAAGAGCUGAAUUUCCAGCUGAAGAAGAUGACUGUUACACUGGGUUUCAACCAUUUGAAGGACUAUGGAUUUUCUCUGAGCAUUGAUGUGGACUUCUGUUCAUCUAAGUUUGUUUAUCCUGCUGUAAUGAUUAUAAGAAAAGGAAUGCUGCUAUACAUUAAUGUAACACUCCUGAAUGUGCACUGUAAUGGAGAGCAAUAAAGUGUUUGAAGAUUAAGAUGUGUCUGUAAUCAUUGCUGAGCCAAUAAUGUCUUCAUAAAACAAUUAGAUUUUCAUUUCUGAUCAACUCAUGUAGACCACUGUAGCGUCUUGCCAGUAAUGCAGAAAGUUGG